GUCGCAUUCUAUCAAUUAUCUAUACUCUAAUCUGAGCCGUUGCGGAGAAGGGACUUGAAGAAAGAAAAAAAGAAGGGGAAAAAAAAAAAAUUGGUCAUUGAUUGUUUUGAUUUACUUUUGCUAGAAAUAUCUCAUUGCGCGCACCCUGUCUUCUCCUCUUCUCCUAUCCCCUCUUUUUGGCCAAUUCUUGUUGUUGUGCUGCCUUUCUGCCUCGACCACAGCGCACCUGACCAGUUGAGACAUAGUUGAACUUUUGUCUUCAGUUGAUCAAAUUUUCCUCAUUCGUCAUGUCCUCUCCUUUUGAAUAUCUCUCCUCCCUCAAAGCUGUGCGCGACCGCUCGACGGUUGUCUAUGAGGCUGCCGAGCGGGGUGAGACGGCCAACUUUGACCUGCACAAAGAAAAGCUCGACGAAGCGGCCGACUAUGUUGCCAAUUUGAUUUUGGAUAGCUUCUCUCCUGCCCAAUUCGACCAGAUUCCCCCUCACGGGAGAUGGCAGCACUUUGAAGUCGAAGGCCAACCGCGCCUUGGUCAAUUGCUUGAGCAAUGGCAAAAGCAGGGUGUCGACAGUACAGAAUGCACGCGCAGACUGAUUGAUAUUUUCACCGUCUCUGUUCUGCUUGAUGCCGGCUCGGGCGAUUUUUGGAAGUUCACUGAGCCCUCGACCGGGCUUGAGAUUCGACGAAGUGAAGGUCUGGCAGUCGCCAGCUUCUACAUGUUCAAGGAUGGUGCAUUCAGCAGUGGCUCGGGCGAGGAUGCUUUCCGAGUCGAUGGUGCCGGUCUCAAGAAAAUCACUCCCGAGUCUCUCGCUAUUGGCAUGCAGUCGAGUCCAGAGAACCCUCUUACCGGUGUUCAAGGACGCGCCGACUUGCUCAAGUGCCUUGGUGACUCGCUGCUCUCGAACCCGGAGAUUUUUGGCCCUCAAGGCCGCCCUGGAAACCUCGUUGACCAUUUGCUGUCGAAGCAAAAAGACUCUUCGCUUGAUGUAGCGGCGCUAUGGUCUGCUCUUCAGAUUCUUCUCCUUCCCAUCUGGCCCAAGGAUCGUACCUGCAUUGAAGGCCAACCUAUCGGCGACGCAUGGCCUCUAAGCACGCUUGAAAAGAUUGCUGCUUCCAAAGGCGAGCGCAAGCCUUACGACAAUAUCCAGCCCUUCCACAAACUUACUCAAUGGCUCGCCUACUCCCUCAUGGUCCCCUUUGUGCGUCUGUUGGGUCUGAAAUGGGCUGGUAACGGCCUCCUUACUGGUCUUCCCGAGUAUCGGAAUGGCGGCCUCUUCGUCGACCUGGGGGUCAUCUCGCUCAAGAAGGAUGCGCUCGAGCGUGGCUGCCAAAAGUCUGGCCAAGACCUGCCCCUCUUCUCUCCUUCUGACGAUGUCAUUGUCGAAUGGCGCGCUCUGACCGUUUCCCUCCUGGAUCGUCUUCACCCCAUGGUGAAUGCCCGAUUGGCCCAAAAAGGCGCGACCGUGGAGCUCUCCCUUGCACAAGUUCUCGAGGCUGGUUCAUGGAAGGCUGGCCGUACCUUGGCAGCCAAGUAUCGGCCGUCGAGCAAGUCAAGCCCCAUCCUCAUUGAGAGUGAUGGAACAUUGUUCUAA